AUGGCGGUGAACAACGAAGAAGCGGUGACGGCCCCGAUAAGCGAGGGGGAGCUGAAAAAGGUCUAUUACGAACAUUUUAUAGACGAUUUGACGGACGAAGAACUCAUGUACAAGAAAACGGUGGAGGAUUUGUUUUACAUUUACAAGUCAUUUGGGUUUAUAUAUUCCAUCAUAAAGAAGGCGAAUCUCUUGCUGAGUAAGGAGAGCUUUGACAUGUUUUUAAAAUCCCUCGUGAGCUUCAUUGACGAGCUGUUUCUAAACAACCCCAGUUUGUUUGACGCGCAAGGAAAUGAUGUGAAGGCAAAUUAUGCUAAUAAAGAAAUCGGAGGGGGGGUUACGAAAAAGAGGAAAGGAGAAUUGGACCAGACAUAUAUAAUCAAUAACAGUGACAAUCAAUCCUUCAUGAUCAUCCUAUCGAAAACGUAUAUAGAGGAAUUGCUAAAGGAUAUAAGUAAUAUAGACCCCAAUUUUAGCGAAAGAAAUGCACAGGAUUAUUUGUUCAUCACGAAGAACGUUCUUAAAAUGAAAAACACACUGGAAGUGGAGCAUGUGAAGAACCGUAUUGACAAAUUGAAAAACAUUUUAAAUGUGGGGAAGAAUAUUUUUCUUGCGGAUGAACUGGUAGACGAUUCGAAUGAGAGCGAUGGGAAUAAGAAGAUUAAAGUACACGACCAUAUUGACGAAAUGAUAGAAAAAUUGAAGACCAUUGGACCAUCUAUCGUUGCAAUUGUGUAUAAACAGAAUCUGUGGUACAAACAGAUUGUUAACAAGUCAGAGUAUGACAGCUUAAAUUCUAUUCUAAACAUAGAUGUAGAUGCGGACAGCAAAGUGGUAGAAUCCACCUACGCAGAUGUGAUCCUCCUCCUUGGGGAAAAGAUGACACAAAAUAAAGACCUCCUGAUUGCCAAGGAAAAGCUCGAAAGACUCAAAACCAAUUACGAUGCGGAAGUGCAAAGGAAGCUGCAACAAGAAAUGGAACUCUCCAAAAAAUUAGAAGACAAAAGAAAGGCUGUGCAAUUUAUUAUUGACAGGUAUAAUGAGUACACCUGGUUUGAUAAGAAUUCCCCCAAGAAGCACUCCUUCUACAUAAUAGGCAUUAACCCCAGGACCACCACGGAGGAGCAACUAAAGAGCUUCGGCAAACGGCUGAAACAUAUUUUGCAUCCCGAUAAGGAGCCCGACAGGGAGUGGAAGAAGAAGGCCGAGUCCGCCUUUAAGGAGGCCUCCCUCGCCAUUUUGGGCUGCCAGCAGGAGUUCAAAACGAAGGUCCUCAAGAAUUUGGAGCCCGGCCCGCCCGCUCCCUACCUGGCGCUCAUCGGCAUGGAGGCGGGGGCCGCGGCGAGCGGCACUAGCGGUGCUUCUGGGGCUGGGGGAAGCGGCGUUACCGCGACUAGUGCCGCUUCUGGGGGAGGCGAGCAGGGUUCCGCGCGGCUCCCGCAGUACUACCCCACGCAGGCGUACUACCCCAAAUUCGAGCUCAAGUGCGUCGACCAGAAGAUCGGCACCAUCCUCAUUGACAUCAAGUGCCCCGUGCAGCUGGGCGUGGUGAAGAAGGUCAUCCUCUACGUGCACAGACCCAUCUACGGAGCCGAGCCACUCAACUUGAUCCCAGAGGACUCCUUCCUUUCGCAUAAGAUGGAACAAAACGUCAACGUAAAAAAUUUAAACCAGCCGAUUGAAGCCCGAGUCGAUUUCGUCCAACCGCUGGAAAUCGCCGCGUCUACAAAGUACUACAUAGGGGUUCAGCUAAUAGCGGAGAGGGGGAACACGAUGAUCAAUUGGAACUCCAUCAACAUAACGCUGCACAAGUUUAGCAACAAAAAUAUUAUUAAGAAGCUAUUGUCGUCGUUUAAGAAUGCGUCCUUCAUUAAUCAGGCCCAACUGAAUGUGGCCCUCUCCAACGAGAACAAGGACGAGAUGACCAAGUAUUUGAAUGAGUGCAUUGCCGCGGCGAAGAUAUGGGCGCAGACGGUGUAG